AUGCUCGAGGAAGACGAAGGCAUACUGCUGCACCUGUGCGAGGCCUUCAAGGCGCACAACGAGCGCGUGCGCGACGCUCACCGCGACGUCCACCAGCUGAUGCUGGAGGAGAAAUGGCGCAUCGCCAUGCGCACGCGUCAUUACCUGACUUCACGGUGUCUCGAUGCACCGUGUGAGUCCGCAUGGAUGACCCUCUACAUGCACGGCUCUGAUGUGAAUUUUCUGAACGCAACGAGUUUAACCAGAGGGGCUUUUCAUCAGUUGCUGUCUAGGUUUGCUAGCUUCUACGACCUCCCUCCUCCGUCAUCACGAGGCCGCCCCCCAAAGCUGCGCUACCUACACCAGGUGCUGGGGCUCGUACUGAGCUUCUACGUGGGCUCUAUGGAACAGAGCUCGCUGUGCAUCAUGUUCGGGGUGCCGCCGAGCCCUCUAUCACGAACGCUGCGCAGGGCAGAGGAAGCGCUGUCGCUAGCGCUGACUGGCUACGCACCUGCACGCAUCUCCUGGCCCUCGCCCUUGCGUCAGGCGGAGCUGGCACGCAUGGUCAACAAGCGCGAACCGCUGCUGACCCACACGUUUGGGUUCAUCGACGGUAAAACUUACGUGUACGUGUACUGUAUAUGA